AUUAAAUCUAAUUUAUAUAUGCCAACCCGAAACUUGGAUGAACCGUUCUUAAUGUAUGUGGACCACUGUUUUUCGAUAAAAGGGCAAGAACCAGACCAAUUAUAUGACAAAUAUUCGCCUUUUGUGGUUUGUUCAUAGUAAUUUAUCGCUGCGCGAAGAUGGCCAAUAUCCUUGGAAAUUGUACAUCAGAAACAGUGCAUGAUGGUUAUCUUUUCUUCUGAAAUGAAUUCACUUUGGUUCUUUGGCAAAAGGAAGGUAUAAAUAUUUCAUCAGAUGCGAUUAUGUUAUCAUAAUCUAAUCAAGAGUGGUUCCAGCGAGUGUAACAACAUCAACAGUAUCGGCUACGAGACAGGCAACUACUACAUUGUUAGAUACAAGCCUUCAUUUUCAAAUAAGCAAAAUGAUGUGUUCCCGCAACAUUAAAAUCUCGGUGGUGAUGUUCCUUAUCUUCGUUCCAUUGUUUACAGCCUUACCCCGCAAUCAUAACAUGGCGAAGAGGAGUAAUUUCUUUGAUCUGGAGUGCAAAGGCAUCUACAAUAAGACCAUGUUCUAUCGCCUGGAUAAGAUAUGUGACGAUUGUUAUAAUUUAUUCCGUGAAACAAGUAUACACCGACUAUGCAAACAAGAGUGUUUUGGCUCUCCCUUCUUCAACGCUUGCAUGGAAGCAUUGCAACUUCAUCAGGAAAUGGAUAAAUAUUCCGAAUGGCGUGAUACCUUGGGCAAGAAGUAAAUUCGAAACCUGCAACUCAGCUAAUUGACUUUAUUAUUCUACUUCAAACGCAAAUGAAAAAAUUAACAAAAAAAAUAAAUUAACAAGAUUAAUAAAUAAAUUUUUCCUAAAUUAGCAGAGAGCCCUAAGAAAAGUAUUAAAAAAUGGAAUAUAAAAAAAUGUAUGUAUAUUAGGUACCUAAAAUGUUAAUAAAUGAAAGAAUUGGAAAAAAUUUUAAAUUCUAUAAAAUGAACGUCUAUAUUUGUUGCUAGAAGGAACAUGAUUUACACGGUCUACAAACGUUUUACCAUGAUGUAUACGUGUUGAUUACAGUUCUUCCCAAAACAAAAAAUCAGCAGGCGAGAGCUUUAAAUCCGGAUUUUAAAGGCUCUAUUACGCGGCAUGCAGUUGUCUUAUGGCAUGUCAAAUUUAGCACAUGUAGAGUUGUACAAGUCGUGUGAUACUAAUGAAUCGAUGUGUGCAAAACAUAAAGAAAUCCGCAGUUUUUGUUGUCAGCCGAAUGAAAGCAAACCAAAUUAAAUUGUUUUCACAAAUUUAUUCAUUAUUUAUUUAACCAGCUUUAUCAAAAUGUUAACAAUUUUUACGCAUUAAAAAAUCGGUUUUUGUUAAAAUUUUUAGGUUAUGUCAUACGAAAAUAAUAUACAGGUGUAAUGGCAAAAAUGAUGAGUCGUAUGUAAAUUGACAAUUUUGACAAACAUUUUCAAUUACAUGUGAAUACAAAAAGUGGCAUCUCAUAAGACAACUACAUACCGUGUAAUAUGGCCUUAAGAUAAAUUAAUUGCAGGUAGGAGCAAUUGGACUACUACAAAAAAUCGAGUGCACUAUCUGUCAAAAUCAGUGAUUAGUGCAACUAUUAAAUUGCUAGUUCGCAUAAUGUGUGGUAUGGUUCUUAAAAAUUAUGCACACACAUAACCUAACGUUGUUAAAACGCGUUGACAGAGUGUGUGCUCCGCUAGAAAAAAAUAUUCUCAGCUGUUUGCUGUACAAUAUCUGGAUUAAUUUGUCUUGUUGAUGGAACAUUUAAAUCCGAAAGCAAUCAAUGAUAUGAAAGAAGAAUCUUCGCUGUCCCUUAAUGUCCCUUAAAGUUUAUGUGCAAAUUUACCUGCUCAACAAAUACUUCACUUGUUGGCACAUUUGUGUCACUUAAAGUGUAUGGUUGUCAAUCGCUAGUAUGUCAAAAUCAUAAUCAAUUUAUAACAGAAAAACAGUUGACUGAGGGAGUUGAGGUAUUCCGUAAAGUGACAAGAAAUUAGAUUUUUUUGGUAUUUUAAGCAGUAUUGAGAAAAAUUUUAUCAGCUGCAAACACAACUUUAACGUUAUAGAUCUACCUUGCGUUUGCUUAAGUAAUCCAAGUAUGUUCGAAUGAGUAACAAUUUAAGUAAAAGAUUGUUGCCUGCAAAAACUCCAGGAAAAAUGUACUGCUACCAAUCAAUGAAAAAUAAUCUUAUGCCAUUUCUACAGGCAUUAAACGCAAACCACUUUCUGAAAAAAUGUCUAUAAAUUGCGAACACUCCUUAAUCAAAAAAUUUUUGUAUUUUAAGCAAAAUUUCUUAUACUCACAUUUUUUAUGUUAUAUACGUUUAUAACUUUUAUUUCAAUGACAUUCUCCAAGUAUAACAGUGAAGUAUUACAAAAACCCAUGUCUGAUUUAAAUAAGCUCGAAAUAUUA